AUGGCGAGCCUCGGCGGCCUCCAGCCUGCGCGUGGCGCCGCUGUCGCUGCCGCCCACCCAGUGCCCCAACUCACUCGCGCCCGCGCAGCUUCGGGUCGCGAAUGGCCAGGCCCGCGCGGGGACCGCUUUUAUAGAGGGUCGGGCAUCGCCCCCUGGUGUCCAAGCGGGUCUCGGACCAAGGGCGCCAGCAGGAUAGUUUGCGUGCAUCUGCUCCCCCGCCACGUGGCGUCCCGUUUACUCUCCACCUGGAUCGCGGCCGCGGAGGUCCGGGGCAGAAGGGACCUGAGGCCAGCGCGUUGUUCUCCGAGCGGCGCUUCUAUUGGUCACGGCGGCAGCGGCAGCGCGCGGACCCAAGAGGAGGGGAAAGCCGGUGGCCGCGGUGGCGGAACGGGCGGAGGCUGCCGGUUUCGUAACCGUCGCUCCUCCUCGCCGACUCUCGGGCUGCGAGGCCUGGGUCGGGCCGCGCCGCGCGGGGCCGCUCGGAGUGGAGGAGUGGAGGCCGUCUGUGGGCGGGCGGGACGGCCGGAGGCGCAGGUACAUGUGAAGAUUUUUUGGCAGUUGUGUGUGGCCUCCUCGGAUCACAUUGCUCUGAUUUCUACCUGUUCUGUGUCUGAAAAGGAACGUGCCCAAAUGAGCAAGCUGUCGCAGCCAGCCACUACUCCAGGAGUGAAUGGAAUAAGUGUCAUUCAUACUCAGGCACAUGCCAGCGGCUUACAGCAAGUUCCUCAGCUGGUGCCCGCUGGGCCUGGGGGAGGAGGCAAAGCCGUGCCUCCAAGCAAGCAAAGCAAGAAGAGCUCACCCAUGGAUCGAAAUAGCGAUGAAUACCGCCAGCGCAGAGAGCGGAACAAUAUGGCCGUGAAAAAGAGCCGGUUAAAGAGCAAGCAGAAAGCUCAAGAUACACUGCAGAGGGUAAACCAGCUUAAGGAAGAGAACGAACGGUUGGAAGCCAAAAUUAAGUUGCUGACAAAGGAAUUAAGUGUACUGAAAGAUUUGUUUCUUGAGCAUGCACACAGCCUCGCAGACAACGUGCAGCCCAUCAGCACGGAAACUACGACUACAAAUUCUGAUAACACAGGGCAGUAGAUCUCCUUCCAGGCUCCACGACUUUGUGACUUGAGUAUGAGAGGUGUGACCACCCUGCACCCCUUGGUUCAGUGGCUGAACUCAGUCUUGUUCCAUUGGAGGUUAUUUUCUAGGCUCAGCACUGAACAGCUGAUUAGCCAUGUAAUUUAUCUGGUCUUAAAUGAUAAUGGAUUUUUGAAGCACUAAAAGGAAACUUAGGGUUUCUGGUUAAAACAAAAUUCCUGGACUUUAAUAUUCUUAAUAAAUCCUCACUUCCCCAGAAAUGCUUCUUUUGUAGGAAUGGGAAAAUGGGAAAAUGGAAGGUCAUAGAGAAGGUACUGGGUUCUGAUGGAUUAAGAAAAGCUGAAUUCCAUCUGUGUUCGUCAAUUUGUGAUUUUAUUAUAAAUUGUGUAUGGUAAAUUCUAGGGCUACAGAAACCAAUCAUAAUAAUUUGGUCCCAUUUUAUAGAUUUAUAAACCUGUGUUAGCAUAGCCUUGUUUUUUCCUACAUACACAUUUUUAAAAAUGACUUUAAGUAAAGGUAAAGAAAUCCUAUCAGGUCAUGUCAAAGAGGUGGUUAAAAAUACAAAUUGUGUUUAGGAAGGAAAGAAGUGAUUUUGUGCUUUUCCCCUUGUUUUUUUUUUUUUUAAAGAGCAUAGACUGCGAUUGGACUUUGGGGGCUUCUUCUUACUGGAUGGGCAUUAUCUGUGUCCUAAAAACAGUAUCGACUGUAUGCUGACACUUUAGUUUCUAUGGACGCAAGUAAAGGCAGCAUCUGGUUUGGGGGAGAAACCAUUUUUUGUCGUCAAAUUAGUAAAUAAAAUGCUGCCUUGGCUUGAUGAUACAGACCAUGGUUUAGAGCACUACUAAUCUGUUUGGUUUCUCCUGUGUUUACAAGAACUGCCAAUGGGGCCAUGAUUUUUAAAAGUAAAGUUUUUGUGUGUAUGCUUGUAUGAAGAGCACCUUUUGGUGUUUGAUCUCAACUAAACGAUUAUUAGAAAAACGAAUCAACUUCAUGCCAUCUCUCAAAAGACUAGUCAAAGAAAACUUGAAAGUAUGAGGUUUGAAUCUUUAAUUUAUUUCCUAAAUCUUUUUAUUUUUCUUUGAGGAUUUUUUUUCUACUUUAGUGGGCUAUUCUUCCAGACUUCAUGUGUUAUUGCCUCUAUUAGUGUGCUUUUAUAUUCUGUAUAAAUUAUUUUAGAGUGAAAAUGCCGAUAAAACUCAGGAUAUUGACUUUUUUGUUGUGAAACCGAGACGCUGGGUGUCUGUAGGGUCUGCUUGUAUCAGUGUUGGAUUUAGAUCGUCUUCUUGGUGACUCAUGGUUUGUGCACAGUUCCAGUGUCAGUUUGUUAGCUCCUGAGAUGGUAACUAAACAUGGGUCUUAUGUAUCAAAGUUUGGGUUGCUGGGAAUCUUGUUUGAAUGUGGUCACUUCUGGCCCUGUGUCCUACCCUGACUUGGUAACCCCAUUGUCACUCAGGUUGCUCCCUAGCAUGGCAGGAAGUUGCUGACUGUCCUGGGCAGAAGCUGUCAGGGCCCUGGAGCUCAGCAGAGCUGAAGACAGGCGCCGACACUGUUCUUUGGGAGCUAAGGAAUGAGUGGGGUUUUAAAAAUUAGGGCCCAGCACCAGUUUACCUUGGUUGGAAUAGCCAUUACUCCUAAAGAUUAAGAGAUGGUUUGGAUAACUAACAAGGGCUCACCCAUAUAAUCCUAUUCUUCACCAGCUGAUUUGAUAAUUAUGUAAUUUAAUUGGAGACACGGGUCCCACUUGAACAUGUAUGUACCUACGUGGAGAGGCAGACUUUGGAAACUCUUUCUGAACACCAGCUUUCACAAAUGGAUGUUCUUGUGGGAUUUGUGGUUACCAAUGCUAGGACUUUAAAAAGCUGCAGGGAAGUCAGGUUCAGUGUUUCAGGUCAGAACGUACAAAGGAGUCCCAGCUCUGCUCUUCCCUUUGUGAGUGAGAUUGUUAGCACAAGCAAGUAGUUCCACCUUGAACACAGAUGUUAGUUGGUGUUUGGACUUUCUUACUCAAGUGGGAAUGAUGUUUAGCUUGAUAGAUUUCUCUGUAAAGUUGGGGGAAACUAGGUUUGGGGAGUGGGUAAACUUAAGGCUUUGGAAACCGUAGAGUGACUUUUGAAAGUCUUGUUACUGGGGAAGCUUUAGAGUUUGAUCUACUUGUGGACAGGUCAGUGGCUUAGGAGUCAAACUGUAGUGUGGAUUAGCCAUGUCUCUGUCUCCUGGGAUGGCUGCCCUUUGCCCUCUCUGUCUGGCCCUUUGAGUCACAGAUGACUUUGGGAUCUCAGUAAGGAUUUUCCUAAAAUAUGACUGGGUGUUUGAAAUCUGGGUCAUGAGGCCAUUCAGUUUUUACGGUUCCCAAUUUGUAGAACUAGAAGCAUGUACAGUUUGAUAAGAAAGGGAUGCAGCUGCUUUUGAUGUUUCUUAACCCCUCCCCCCUUUCCAGGGGAGCUUUGUGCCUGGACUGCCCAUGGAGCGCAUAGCGUGCUCCUGAUGCCUUAGAAGUAGGAAAAGACGCCUGUUUGUGUGACAGGCUGGGGAAGAUUCCAUUCCACAGCUAAUCAGAUCUGCCUCAGGAAAAAUACUAACUUGUUCUGUUUGUUCCUGGCCUUCAGUUUGUGAGAUUACUCUAUUUUUUUAAAAUAUAAUUUUAUUUCUUUUAACGAAUUUAAAAAUAAAAAACACCUUUGGAACAA